AUGGACGUUGAAGAAUCGCCUUGGGCCGACUCAUCACAGGCCGCAGCGCAACGGGCAUUGCAGUCUGAAGGCGGUUCGGCCUCGGCUUCGCAAUCUACUCCAGCUCCCUCCGCUUCAUCAUCCGCCCCUCGUCCAUCAAGAGGGCCCCGUCGCCUGGUCGCUCAACCCACCCGUCUCGAAGCUGUCGAUGAUCCUCUCGGUCCCCUCGGCGCUGUCCCCGAAGAUAAUGGUUCCGCUAAUGAUGCCCCUCCGGUGCCUCCGCAAAAGGAGCAGAUGGUGAUUCGUACCACCAUGCCUCAACCUCAGCAGCAGCGACGACCUGCUGAUCCUCACAAUGUUGACGAUGAGGAGAACGAUGGGCCGAAGGUUCCUCGCGCACCUCCACCUGUUGAGGCUGCGCAGCCAAGCGCCGUGAGGACCAGCAACCAGCCCAGCGUUAGUAUUGAGCAAGCUGCCAAGCCGUCGUUCCAGAUCACGGUUGGAGAUCCUCAUAAAGUUGGUGAUCUGACAAGUUCCCACAUUGUGUACUCCGUCCGAACCAAGACCACCUCGAAGGGAUACAAGCAGCCCGAGUUCGAAGUCAAACGCCGAUACCGCGAUUUCCUUUGGCUUUACAAUACUCUCCAUGGCAACAAUCCCGGAAUCGUCGUACCACCUCCCCCUGAUAAGCAGGCUGUCGGUCGCUUUGAUAGCAACUUCGUCGAGAGUCGACGAGCUGCGCUUGAGAAGAUGCUCAACAAGACCGCGAUACAUCCCACACUUCAGCACGAUCCCGACCUGAAGCUUUUCUUGGAAAGCGAAACCUUUAAUGUUGACAUCAAGCACAAGGAAAGGAGGGACCCCAUCCCUACCGAGAGCAAGGGUGUACUUGGGUCUUUGGGUAUCAAUGUCGGAGGCGGCAACAAGUUUGUGGAGCAGGACGAUUGGUUCCAUGAUCGCAAGGUCUACUUGGACGCUCUUGAGAACCAGCUCAAGGGACUCCUCAAGGCUAUGGAGACCAUGGUCGGUCAGCGUAAGAUGAUGGCCGAGGCAGCUGGUGAUUUUUCCGCUUCCCUCCAUGCGCUUUCUACGGUCGAGCUGUCGCCAUCACUGUCAGGUCCUCUUGAUGCUCUUUCCGAGCUUCAGCUCACCAUCCGAGACGUCUACGAACGUCAGGCCCAGCAGGACGUUCUGACAUUUGGUAUCAUCCUUGAAGAAUACAUCCGCCUCAUUGGCUCGGUCAAGCAGGCGUUUGGCCAGCGACAAAAGGCUUUUUACUCAUGGCACGCUGCCGAAUCUGAACUUCAGAAGAAGAAGACUACCCAGGACAAGCUCCUUAGGCAAGGAAAGAGUCAGCAAGAUCGAUUGAAUCAAAUGGGAGCUGAAGUCGGCGAGUCGGAGCGCAAGGUGCACCAGGCAAGACUUCUCUUUGAAGAUAUGGGACGAUUAAUGAGAAGCGAACUUGACCGAUUUGAGAAGGAGAAGGUUGAGGAUUUCAAGAGCGGAGUUGAGACAUUCCUUGAGAGCGCAGUUGAGGCGCAAAAGGAGCUUAUUGAGAAAUGGGAGACAUUCCUGAUGCAGCUCGACGCUGAAGACGAUGAAUCGGUAUUUUAUAGACCUCCAGUGUACCAGCAGCAACAGCAACAGCAAAAGGGAGGUGACACCGCUGUCGACCGUGCUCGAGCAAGGAUAGACGAAGAUUCGGAUUAG